AUGACUAAUGUUAUUUCUGCUUUGGAUGAUGCCAUCAAGAAUAGAAAACUGCUACUACUAAUGAUUGAUGAUUAUACCACCAUUCAUUCAACCCGAAGGCCUAAAGGUCUUAAAACAUCUCAGGCUAACAAUAUGUGUACCAUUAUUUUUAAAGUUUUUCCAGAAAUAAAAGCAAUUACUCGUCCACCUCCUCAGUUCUUACACAGCCGAGAUGGAAUUAAGCCACACGAUCUUGCUAAUGAGAUAUGUUCCGAGAAGCAGAUGGUGAAGUUAAGCUGUACCUUUGCCUCUUGCAUGCCAGAGUUGACAACUUCCUUCUUCGACCCACUAUUGGAGAGGAAGCGUUUGGAAACACAUGAUUAUGGUGCUUCAACUGAUGUAAGUUACAUGAGGAAAUUUAAGAAUGUUUUUUUAGUUGACUUCUUCAUGCAGCCUUUGAAGUCAAAAAGUAAUUACAUGGAAGCUCUUACUAGAGUUUUCAAUUUAGACAAGUUACGAGAAUACUUAUCUAAAUUUGUUGUAUUAUUUCCUGGUGACCACCCCAGUCAGUUUUUUCCUAGACAAAUUGUGUAUGGAAUACUCUCUGAAUACCUCAUGAAUAUAACCUUGAACAUGCCAGUAACACAAGAAGAGCUACUCUCUCUUGUUCCUUUAAUUGGACCUCUACAUAUUGAUUUAAAUGCCGAUGAGGAUUUAGUGUUGAAUUACCACCCAUUCAUUAAAUCUUUGUAUGAGUCAUUGUUCCCAAACAGAAUUCUUGCAGUAAAGCCAAAACCCUGGAGAAUACAGUUCAUUCUCGAGAUACUUUAUGGAGGAUGGACUUUGAUCAGAAGAAGUGUGAAAGCUGUUUUUCACAAGUGUAAGGACUUACAGUAUGGUACACUAAUUAAUUUCUUAGACAAUUAUUGUCCUACAGUCUUAUGUUCAUACAAUAUUCUAUUUAAGACUAAUAACUUCUCUGAUUAUUAUGACUCUAUUAUACGAAUGUGGGUAAUGAUGUACUGUUUUAGACGUCAUCAUUAUAGGAAAUCUCUCUUAAUAUGGCUAUUUCUGGUUAAAUACUGGGAAGGUAAUGCAUUUUGUAGUGAUAUAUUUAAUGUUUUUAAGAAUAAUUUAAAUAUUAUUGACGAGUCAGUUGUAGAAUAUGUUCACUCUGUUAUUCGAAGACACACAACUGAUGGUGCAUCUGAGAAAACCUUGAGUGAUACAAUGAAAGCAAUCUUUGGUUGUGGGCCACGCCAAGAGAAUUUUCGCAACACAUUUACUCCAGAACGAAACUAUGUAUUUAGUCGUGUUCAAUUAAAGUAUUUACAUACUAGAGUAGCUAAAAUUCUAGUUUCUAUUUUUUCAAAAAUUUGCUCAAGUCCUGGUGAAUCAUAUUCUCUGCCAAGAUCUAAAGGUCAAGCACUGGACUGCACAAUGUACAUACUUCCCACAUUAUUUGGUGAGAAACCGGUCAAGAGCUAUAUGUUGCCACUGGGUUUUCAAUGUGACAAGAAGCCAGAUGUAAACAGUCGCUGUGAUUAUAUAUGUGUGGCACCUGAAGAUGCAGAGUGGCAAAUAUUUGAAGGGUGCUGGCAUUCCUUCCAUAAAGAAUGCUUGAAAGAUCUGGCCUAUUGUCCAAUUUGUUCUAACCAUUUAAAUAAUGUUAUUUUAUCUUUAUCAGUAGCAGCUAACACUUCUUUUGUAAAUGGGGGAAGUGGUGAUGAUAAUGAAAAUGAUAAUGAGCAAGUAUCAGGCUCAGACACUGAUGAUGACAGUGAUGAUGAAAUGGAAUAUGACAACUUAGGAGUGUCUACAAAUGAAUCAAAUAUUGAAAAUAUGCUAAAUACUAUUAAUUUAUCUAUUAUGCAAUUGAGGCCCGAGUCGCCCACUAAUAGUUCAUGCUUAUCUGUUGAUAAUAAUUCAGAGUGUGAUGAUAGAGGAUCUACUUUACUAGCAAAUGUUGAACCACCUAAGAGAUCUCCACAUUGCUCAACAUGCCAUCAUACAAGACAAGGGCAUGGCAAGGGAUCUGCUAAUGCUAAAUGUCCCAUGUGUCCAAACAACUUAUGUUCAGCUCAUGGACGUCGCAAGCCAUGUACAUGCAUAUGGCACAUAUCGCAACAGAAUCCUAUUGAGACUAUUAUACCAUAUAGUAUUGUUAAGUUUAACAAUGUUAGUCAUGUUAAAGAGUAUAUUUUAUCUUUCUGUCAAUCCAACAUAGAUAGCCAAGCAUUGGGGAGUAACGCAUGUACCAUCAUUGCUGUGUUAAUUGCUAUUAACUUCCUCUCCGAUACUGCAUGGUUUUCUCAACACAACCUCCUUGCUACACUGGAUUCCACCUUCCUUGCUUACUGCUACCAACUAUUUACUGAAGGAAACCAGAUGUAUGACAACCUUGAUGAAAGCCAACUCAAUUAUUGUGCACCAGAGAUUAUUGAACAUCCAGAACUUGGAUUGGCAGAGGUUGCUGAAAGAGUAGAGGAAUAUCAAUUCAAUAAUUUUGUUGACUUCUUAUUAGAAUUGCAAAUGUUGUCUUUGGCCAGAGUGAAAUUAGCUUUUGUACUCAUUUUUUCACCUGAUAAAUCAAUGACAUUAUUGCUUAAUGAACUUGGUGAAAGUAUGCUAAUAGAUAGUCAUUCACAUUUAGAUACUGGUGCUAUUAUCGCUACUGCUUCUGAUAAUCAACUUCAUUACAUGGUAAAUUAUAUUCAAGAAAUGAUUCUCCGAGACUGGGGACCCACAGUGCAGCCACCUUUUGAUGUAACAAUUGUAAAACUGAAGUGA